UCCAAUAUUAAUUUACCUUCCUUCUACACAUCUAUAUAUAUCCCCACAACUACAAAUAUAAAAUUCUGCAAUCGUCUCAUCUAAUCAACCUCGACUAUACCAACGUACGGCGUCGACGCCGUUGUUAUUUAGGAGUUUUCUCGAGAAAAGAAAAUGAAGGAGAACGCAGGAAACCCUCUCCAUCUCACGUCACUGAACCAUGUGUCUCUCUUGUGCCGAUCCAUCGAAGAAUCCAUGAAUUUUUAUCAAAUGGUGUUAGGAUUCUUUCCCAUUCGAAGACCUGAAUCUUUAAAUUUUGAUGGCGCUUGGUUGUUUGGGCAUGGAAUUGGAAUACAUCUCUUGCGUUCUUCAGAACCAGAGAAACUUCCCAAGAAGACCGAAAUCAAUCCCAAAGACAACCAUAUCUCUUUCCAGUGCGAGAGUAUGGAGGCAGUGGAGAAGAAGCUUGAGGAGAUGGAGAUAGAGUAUGUGAGGGCGAUAGUUGAAGAAGGAGGGAUCCAAGUGGAUCAGCUUUUCUUCCACGAUCCAGAUGGCUUCAUGAUCGAGAUAUGCAACUGUGAGUGUCUCCCCGUUGUCCCCCUCAUAGGAGGAAUGGCUCGCUCCUGCUCCAGAGCCAAACUCCAUCCGAUGGUGCAGCCACAACCGCAGACUCAGAUCCACCGAGUGGUCCACCCUUAACAAUGAUCUCUGUCUUUGUUGUCAUUGUGUUUUGUGUGUUUGUAUGUAUUGUUUGUGCGUGUAAUGAAUAAGAGACCGACGUGAAUCAGUGGAUGUGAUUCCACUCGAGGAAAUGAUCAUUCUCCUUGCUCUUCUUACUAUAUGGUAGGUAUAACUAAUAAUUAAUGCAAUAAUGCUUACAUACAUUUUGUUCUA